UCGUAUUGUUUCUGUUAUACGGGGAUCGUUGAUUACAAUUGUUAACCUUAGCAUAUGAGCUAGGUCUACUCAGGUGAUGAGAGUAGAGUGAUACUCAGGUGAUAGAGUAUCACGACGGUUGUAAUUCUCGAAUCUAUUCAUCAAUAUACAUCGUUAUUCAGUAGAUCCGAUCUUUGAUCUUAUCAACAUGUUAUGGGAGACUUGUCUCUUCAGCUUGGUUGCAGAGUGGUUGCCUAUGACCGGCCUGGUUGGGGCUUGACCUCUAGACUUGUACAGAAAGAUUGGGAAGAAAGAAACUUACCUAACCCUUACAAGCUUGAAAGCCAGGUGGAUCUACUACUUUCUUUUUGUACCGAGAUGGGGUUUUCAUCAGUGGUACUAGUUGGCCAUGAUGAUGGUGGUUUGCUUGCUCUCAAGGCUGCUGAAAGAGUACAAGCCUCUACGUUCAAAUGCAGUGUUUCAAUCAAAGGGGUGGUGUUGAUAAACGUUAGCUUAUCAAGAGAAGUAGUUCCUGCCUUUGCUAGGAUACUUCUUCAUACAUCACUUAGGAAGAAGCACUUGGUUCGUCCUUUGUUGAGAACAGAGAUAACCCAAUUGGUGAACCGGCGUGCAUGGUGUGAUACCACAAAGCUUACCACUGAUGUCUUAAUGCUCUACAAGGCUCCUCUAUGUUUAGAAGCUUGGGAUGAAGCACUCAAUGAGAUAAGCAAGUUAUCAUAUGAGAUGAUUCUUUCACCUCAAAAUGCAUCAGCUCUGUUGAACUCCAUGGGAGAUCUUCCUGUCUUAGUUGUUGCUGGGACUGAAGAUGCUCUUGUUCCUUUGAAAUCCUCACAAGCUCUGGCUUCUAAACUCGCCAAUUCUAGAUUUGUAGCACUAUCUGGAUGUGGACAUCUGCCACAUGAAGAGUGUCCUGCAACACUUGUAUCAGCUCUCGGCUCCUUCAUUAGCAGACUGAUGCCUAAACUACCAAACUCCUAAAACUAUCUCAAAGACAAAAGUCUGAUGAAAGAACAACUGCAAGAAGUCAACAGCUCUUAAGGGAUCAAAACUCCAACUAGAUUUGCUACAAAGGGAGAGGAUAACCUUACCUCUGGAUCACAUUAUCUGCACAAAUUGGAGAUUUGGCAUUAAACUAACCAAGUGAAUAUAUAUUCUUCUCAAUCGUAACCUAUGCCUCUUCUUAUGUAUCAUAUAAAUGUAAAUACGAUUCAUGUUCAGACUAUUCAGAGAAAAACACAUUGUUUUGCCUA